AUGUACUUUGUUGCAAACCUUGCCAUGGCUGAUUUACUAGUAGGACUGGUCACCGAUCCUCUAUCAGCUUUCUACCACAUGAAGAACGCACUUGGGCUACUUGACUACGAAACACUUUAUAUUCCAUCUGUUCAUAUACCAUUCUUCAUCUCCUGUACUGCUUCAGUACUAAGCUUGGCCGCGUUAACUGUCGAUCGCUACCUCGCUAUUAGUUCACCUUUUCGAUACAGGGCUAAACUGAACACGAUGCGUGCGGCGAUGGCUUGUGGUACAGUAUGGACCCUUUCACUGAGUUUUCCGUUUGCUUACCUAUAUAUUGGAUUCUAUCACUACGCCUUUCUCUUUGCUAACACUGCUGUGGCAUUGACAUUUCUCGUCCUAUUGUUUGCCUAUAUACGGAUUUACAAAAUAUUUCGUCGUCAAGUACGCGAAUGGGACAAACUACAUGACAGCACAGAAGAAAAUCGUGUCAAGAAAUGUACGAUGAGAUGGGAGCAAAAGAUAACCAAAACUCUACUCAUCAUGUUAGUUUUAUUUAUUUCAUGUUAUUUUCCCGCGUGCGCUCUCAUAUAUAUUAUCAAUUUGUGUAACACAUGUAAUUGUGACCUUAUUUUGUGGGCUCGUGACCUUCAGUUUUUGCUUAUUUUAGCAAACAGCUCUAUGAAUCCGUUCAUCUAUUCAUGGCGGUUGAGAAAUUGCAGAAGAGCGUUUCUGUGGAUUGUUACUUGUGGAAAGAAAGGGGGUAAACAGCGGCAGUAUGUGUAUUCAUUCGAAAUGCGAAGCUUUCGUCGCGCUUCUACACCCACUCCGUCAUAA